UAAUUUUCAAAGGACAUCCUGUAUCUCUGGAUGUACCAACAUGUUCAGUUGUCAGUAAAAUGCAUUAUGUAAUUUCUUUCUUUUAUUCAACAAUUCAGGAUGUUCACUAACACUCUUGCGUAACAGAACAGUAGACAGUGCACUUAUAACAGUACCUUUCAGAAUGGAAGCCGAUGUUUCUUUCGUGAUACCGACUGAUCUUCAAAGAUGCUAUAUUAUUGCAUUCAAAUCAACGUAUUUGCUGUGCAAUGGAUCGUGGAACAUACUAGAUAACGAUUUCGUGAACAGCAGGUUCUUAAUCGUGGAAAGUGAAAAUACGCAAUUUUUUACAUUUAAGAGGACAACAUCGCGUUUGGAGUAUAAUGACGCCAUGAAGGGAAGAAUCCUGAGAAUGACAAUAGGGUGCUACAAUAAGUCGAAUACAAUUAUACCCGACUGUCUAUUGUUGAAGAUGCAGGGAACAUUGAAAUGUCCUCAGUUUUCUCUGCCACCAUUACCUAAGCCAACAACGUCACCAUGGACGAUCUCACCAACCUCAGAAACGGGCACCAGUACAAAUGAAUUCCAAACACACAGUAUUACUACAUUUCAGUCAACUACUAUGGCAUUCACGAAAAUUGUUAAUAAGCGCAAGGAAAAUGCAGACGAAGAAAACGAUGGUGGUAACACUGGGUGGAUUAUUGGAGUAGCAGCGGGAGUGUUUGGAUUAAUGCUGAUCAUUGUUGCCAUAGUGAUUAUUAAGAGACGACGAAUAAAGAGGUAGCAAAUUUCACCCGAAUAUUAAAUUUUUAUAAGAUUUAAAGUCAGCUACUAGUAUGUUGUAGAAUGUGAACUGCAAUUCUCAUCUAAAAUGUCAGUAAAUAUCAGUAUACCCAAAACAGCAAACAUGAAACUAUACAUAACUUAUGUUGGAUUAAUUUUAUGGUAGGCAGUAAUCCACAAGAAAAUGAAAACUCAGGGCUACUUUGUAGAAUACGCACUCCAUGCGCACUUUUUAGCACUCCAUUGAUAGGAAAACAUUACAAAAACAUUUCUAGGAUCGUGAGUAUCUUGUUCAUAGAGGGCCACAAGUUUAUUAGUUGUACACUAUUAAGUGCUACAGUGA